CGAUCGUUCGCUCGCUAGAGGGGAGAUGGGAAACCGUCUGGCGCGUCUGAGCAGUGGAACGCCAUCGAGAGUCAGUCGAGGCGAAGUCGCCGACCAGAGCGGUAAUAUUCAAUUUUCAAUAAGAUACAUAUAUAUACAUAGUUAUAUAUAUACACACAGCCAAACAGUGUUCACAAAUUUUGAGAUAGAGACACAAAUGACUCGAAGUAGUUUAGUGUAUAAUAGUUUAGUAAACGUACUGAAUCGUUGAGACUGGUGAUUAUAGUGGUUUAUGAUUAAAAUUUAAAACAUUUGUAUAUGUAUACUUUCAUAUCAAGAGUGCUUCUAUCGCUCGUGUUAUUUUUGUACUAGGCAUAUAUUUUAAGUGUUUAUUGUGCAUUGAAGUGUAUCGGAUUUUGGAUGGAUAUUGGAUUUUAUCAGUGUUAACCAAGGAUUAUUUUUUCAAAGUGUUCUACGAGAUGGCGAUGACGGCUUGUUAUUCCAAUUACGCCGAUUUGGCACCGACGCAUGUUCAACAGCAGCAUCCGCAACAGCAGCAACAAUGCUUUGCUACCAAUGCUGCCACGACGGUUUUGCAGCAGCAGCAACAACAGAUGCAACAGCAUCCCCAACAACAAACUAGGAUACAACCCGUGCAACAAAAGGAUUACAGUAUACCGUUGCACGUCGAUUGUAGUGUAGAAUAUGAACUUCCGAAUCAGGCCAAACCGCCGGCCGGUUCGCGUGUCGAGCCGCUGCUCAUGAUACAUCCAUGCUACUUCCGCAAAAUGGAAAGUCAAAGGCGUAGUCCUUUCAUCAAUAAUAUGCCGCCGGUUACGAAUAGUAGUCGUUCGUCGAGUAGUUCAAACGCCGCUGCGGCCGCGGCUUCGAGCAGGAGACGAGCUGCGGCAGUUCAGCAACAGCAAUUGGUUGCGCAACAACAGCAGCAGCAACAACAGCAAUUGUCGCACCAACAACAAUUGUCACAACAGCUGUCGCAGCAACAACAACAGCUCGCUCAGCAGCAGCAGCACCAUAUGUACACGCAACAGCAACAGCAGCAACACCAAGCAUCUUGGGAACAACAGCAACACGUGGUUCCCGCUAUGCCCGCGCUCGUGCCGAUCGCGGCGGGCGCACAAGCCAUGUCGAUGUACAGCAAACCCGUAGGAAAACGUGAUCUUAUGCUGUCCGGCGGCUUGAGUUAUACGACGGAUACAUCGGCUGUUGCGACGGCGUCUAGUAUACCCGGAGUGCAUUGGGAUGCGGAGAGGAGUCCUUUGGCUGCGAUACCGCGGGACUAUCAGCAGUCCGGUCCCGAGCACGCGGCCACGGUUCAUCAUCAGCAUCAGCACCAUCAUCAUCAUCAUCAUCACCCGCAGCAUCAUCCCGAAAAACAUCAACAACAGCAACAGCAGCAACAGCAUCAGCAGCAGCAACAACAACAGCUGCAGCAGCAGCAGCAGCAACAACAGCAACACCAGAAUACAAUACUGUCGGGCAAAUAUCGGCAGUAUUUGCGAGCGCAUCGCCUACAUCCGUACAUGGAGCGCGCGGCCGCAUUUCAACCACCGCCUGCACUGCAGCAGGUCUCAUGUUACAACGUGUGA